AUGGCCGAUAUGAAGGGUGCCAAAGGGUGGCGCGGUCCAUCGACACCAACACUGAGUCCAUCCUGGGGCCAAGCAGCCAGGAGCAUGACGGAUCCAUCUUCGCCACCCGAGACACCCACGUCGGAAGGCCGGAAAAAGGGGCUUCGACGGGACCCCUUUCUUCGAUACGCUCGUCCAUUGUCCCGGGACCCCAACAUCAGACCUGUGGGCCACGGUCACCAAUUUAGCUACCAGCCAAGGGUCGCUGUGGAGAAGUUGAGCCCCAUGUCCUCUUCCGGGGAUGAGGAGGAGGAGGAGGAGGAGGAGGAGGAGGAGGAGGAGGAGGAGGAGGAAAGUAUAGGCGCUCCCAGCUUGCUCGAUGCACCCGCGCUCGGCCCUACCAAUGUCGACGCCAAAGAAGAGUCUAGCAACGAGGGAGACGCCGACGCCGACUCCGACUCCGACUCGAAUGAUGGUGUUGGUGGUGGCCGCGGUGGCCCGCCUACAGCAACGCGGCUCCCACAGCCCGAUUCCACGACGGCAUCAGACACCGAAGGCUCCGUGGGCAUUUCCACGACUUUCACGGCCUUUGAGUGCCAUUUCAUCAUCGAAGAAAUCGACCCGAUGGACAGCGACUGCGAGGGUCUUGAGGUGCUUCUCCCGACGGAGAUUGAGUCGACGCGUAGCCGGUCUCGGUCUCGCCACAAGGAGCUCGACCGCGGCAUGAUGCAGGACCUCCGGAACCUCAACUGCAGCAACGAGACGACGGACAACGAGACGGGCAGCGGCAGGAGCCCCGGUUACGGAUACGACGACGACGAAGAGGCCUUUUACCGGCGUCAGCAGGAACUGAAACGGCUCCGGCGCCUGAGCAUGUCGAGCAGCUUCGGCAAGCGUACCCACAGCGAGCUGAGCGACUCGGACAACGAGGACGCCGGAGGCCUCGACGUCAACGACGUCGGCUCGAGCGCGCGACACAUGCGGAAGAGGCUGCACCGCGGUAGCCUGCUGUUCCAGGACCCGCCAGAGCCGCGCAUCGACGAGCUUGACGAACCCGACUCGAGCGAGGACGAGUUUGCGACGGAGAACUCGCUGGCGAGGGAGCUUCCAUACUACGCGAUGGAGAUUAUCGAGGUGCAAUCGGUCUAG